CUAAAAAUAUUUAUUUACAUUAUUUCGAAGAAAUUAGUUGCCUUUUAUUUCAAAAAUGUCUAAUAAAAACCUUUUUAUGAAAUCGGCGUUCGUCCGAGCGCCUCUUCAAAAUGGAGUUGGUCGAUAUGUAUGUCAGUUACAAAGAGUUGUUCUCAAAUUCUGUAAAAGCCAUGGAGGAAGUCGAGGCUUACGGGACUUCAUUGAACAAGACUUGGUGGAAUUUGCUAGAGAAAAUCCUGGUGUAGUUGUGUACUUGAAGCCAAGAAGACACCGCAGUCCAAUUAUUGUUGGUGAAUAUUUGAAUGGUGACCGGGUGUGGAUGAACAUGCAUAACAAAACUCAUUCAGAAAUAACAAAAUGGAUUGAGGUGUUGAGGACGCAGCAAGGGGAUGUCUCGGCUGCACGCCUGAGGAAGUACCAAUAUACAGACUACCCCUCUGUCCAGGGACCCUGGACUCCCUUCACAUUCAAAGACCCUGAGCUGAACACUGCCACAAUACCUAAUCCUAAAUUUGGAGCCAAUGACAGACUUCCAAUGUCUGCCACUGAAAAGUUGAGAAUACUAUUUGAAAAACAGAAGAUUAAUGAAGAGGAAGUCAAAACAAAUUAAUAGAAUACUGUUAGACAAGAUAUAGUUCAUAAUUAAAGUGUGGUUAUGAAUGUUUGUAAAUAAUAGUUUAGCUGUAAUAGUGUCAUUAAAAUAAUAAUUAUUAA